AUGUUUCGAGCCCGUCGUUACCGAGGCCUGCUGGCGUUCGCAGCCAUUCUUGUCUUGGCCGUCAUUCAUUUUACUGCCUCUCGAGAUACUUCGACCGUCUCCCUUGACAUUCCUCCGCCGCACGUGGACCAACCCGAACCGGUCUCGCCGAUUCCGCCCGCCGAUAAACAACAGGAGCCCGCGGGUUCCUCACCACCCCCGUCGCAAGAGGUUCUUCCCGAUUCUCCUGCCUCUCAGAAGUCAACAGACUCGAGUGCCUCCGCAUCCGAUUCCAAGCCCGAUGCUUCCUCCCACGAUCAGUCUUCUGGUGAGAGCUCGCCUCAAGCCCCGGAACGUCCGAAGCCGUCCAACGAUGCGCAUAAAGUCAAAGGCGGGCCUCUUCUCUUCCCGGGUUCCCAUCAGGAUGCUCUGAAGGUAGAGCCCGCAGCGAACCCGAGGCCUCACUGGCAAAAAGUCCCCGAGAAUUUCCCUAUCGCGCCUGAAGACAUGAUCAAGCUACCGGCCGGCAGGUCCAAGACGCUUCCGACCCUACAGGCCAAAUUCCGGGACGAGACCUCUGCCGAGAAGAUGAAACGUGUGGAUAGACUGACAACUAUCCGAUCCACCUUUGAACACGCAUGGAGUGGGUAUAAGGCAUCGGCGAUGGGCCACGACGAACUCAAGCCUCUGCGGGGUGGGUUUAUUGACACGUUCAAUGGCUGGGGAGCUACGCUGGUUGACACAUUGGACACUCUCUGGAUCAUGGACCUGAAGGAGGAAUUCUCAAUUGCCGUCGAUCAGGUGGAAAAGAUUGAUUUUACCACCACCAAAUCCGAUGACAUCCCGAUCUUCGAGGUGGCUAUUCGGUAUAUGGGCGGCUUGCUCGGCGCAUACGACAUCUCCGAACAUAAGUACGGGGUCCUUCUCGAGAAGGCCAUUGAGCUGGGAGAGAUCUUGAUUGGCGCUUUUGAUACGCCUAACCGAAUGCCGAUCCUCUAUUACAACUGGGCGCCAGACUACGCAGCUCAACCGCACCACGCCGAUGCGAAGGCGGUCCUUGCUGAACUGGGCUCCCUCUCCGUGGAACUGACCCGUCUAGCUCAGCUGACGAAGGACAACAAGUACUACGAUGCCAUUGCGCGCAUUACGAACGAACUUGAGCAGUACCAGAGUAAAACAAGUUUGCCCGGCCUGUGGCCUCUCCACGUCGAUGCCUCCGGAUGCAGGAAGGCCAACAACCCACCCCCUGCUGCCAAUAGGCGUGUGAAUGUUCCAACUCCCGUUCAGAAGCCGGAAUUGGGUCCUACGGACGCCGAGAGUUACAAGAACCUUUUCGAGGAGCAUGAAAAGCACGAACAGCACCAGGCGCGAGGGCUCCCCGAUAACGCACAACCGGCCGUUUAUAACGAACCCAUGAAAGAAUCGAGCCCCAAGCCGAAUGGAAAGGCCAAACCGGUUGCUGUGACGGAAUGCACUGAGGGUAUCACAAGCCCAACGUCCGCUAUCGACAAAUAUGGACUGGGCGGUCAAGCUGACUCGACAUACGAAUAUCUUCCUAAGGAGUAUAUGCUUCUGGGUGGUCUCAAUGAACAAUAUCGUACCAUGUACGAGAACGCCAUGAACGCAGCUCGCGAGCACAUUUUCUACCAGCCGAUGAUUAAGGAUGUUCGCAACAUCCGAUUCUCGGCCACCGUCGGCAUUCCUAAACCCGGACUGGCGGGUAAGGUUUCCCAUUCCUAUGAAGGGACCCAUUUGGCUUGCUUUACGGGUGGCAUGGUCGGCAUUGGGGCCAAGCUCUUUGGAAUUGAGGGUGAUAUGGAUCUCGCCGCCAAACUUACCGACGGCUGCGUGUGGGCGUACGAGUCCACCAAAACUGGCAUUAUGCCCGAGCACUUCCUUAUGGUUCCUUGCGACAACAACAGGGAACCAUGCGUGUGGAACGAGACUGCGUACUGGUCAACAUUAGAUCCGUAUGCGGAAAAGCGGACGAAUGCUGCGUUAGCUGCAGCGAGCGAAAAACAGGAAUUCGCCCGCGACAGACAGGAUUGGACUCCUGGUAGCGAAACGUCUGCAUCGGCAUCAGCAUCGGCAUUUGCUACAUCAGUCGCCAGCUCUUCCAAGUAUCACGGCAAACGAUCUCCCGAACGAGGCAAUUGGCAUGUCAUUGCUUCGCCUACGUCUGCGCCUAAACUCAAGUCGGCCGAUGCGGAUAUCGCAGACCGGGAUACCAAGAAGUUGGGCAUGGUUUCCCAUGAAGAAUUCGUCAGCGCCCGGAUUGAGAACGAGCGCCUGUUCCCAGGCGCUGUCAGUAUUCCCCGUCGCGAGUACCUUCUCCGACCGGAGGCGAUCGAGUCUGUCUUUAUCAUGUAUCGUCUCACGGGCAAUAACUACUGGCGUGAGAAGGGCUGGAAGAUGUUCCAGGCAGUCGCCAAAUACACUCGCACGGAAUUGGCCCACAGUGCCAUCAACGACGUCACGGUGGAAGGCCCCCGGACGCAAGAUCGCAUGCAAUCCUUCUGGCUUGCCGAAACGCUCAAAUACUUUUACUUGCUCUUCAGCGACCCCAGUGUGGUCAGCCUUGAUGAAUAUGUAUUACGGGAUGAGUGCAGUGUCUCGACACGCCCGACCACGACGAUCGAGCUGUGGGAAAUGGAGUCUGAGGCCUCAUUGGACAACGAGCAGCAGUUCUGGGACGAACUCCAAGAGAUUGUUUCCAUCCCUUGCUCCACCGAGGACAACAUCGACGACGCACUCCGGUCAUAUCUAAGUUUAACCACCAAAUACAAAGGGUCUCCGACGACUAUUCCAGAUGAAUACCUCCACUCCGACCUGGCUGUCACACGCUGCUCUUACAAGCUGCUCGCCUCCAGCAUCUUUGCCGAGCAUGGCGACUACGUGCGACGGCAGAUGGUCUACGGACUAUUGCAGGACGACGACCCGGAUACACUCCACAUGAUUGUCUCGUUUCUACUCUUCGACGGGCGACAGAAUGAGACCCCCUUCCGGAUGCUGGAUGAGGAGGGCUCGUUCCCGCGCAUGUUGGAGCUGUUGCAGGCGCAAAAUCAACACGUGGAUGAGGAUACCGAAGCUCGAGUCCAUCGACUGUUGAUGGAGCUGCUCUACGAGAUGUCGAGGAUACAGAGAAUCAAGAUCCAGGAUCUAGUUCUCGUGGACGAUGAAUUCAUCAAGAGCCUUUUCAAUAUCAUUGAGAACCUCUCGUAUGAUGCCAACGAUCCAUAUCAUUACUCGGUCAUUCGUAUUCUAUUGGUCUUGAACGAGCAAUUCAUGAUCUCAGCACACGAUCCCGUGGGCGAGCGAUCGUCAUCGGCUCCUCUGACGAAUAGAGUGAUCAAGGUGCUAUCCAUGCACGGAAAUUAUUACAAGACCUUCGGCGAGAAUAUCAUUCUUUUAAUCAAUCGAGAAGCCGAGACUUCUCUUCAACUUCUCACUCUUAAGCUACUUUACCUCAUCUUUACCACGCCUAGCACGUACGAAUACUUCUACACGAACGACCUCCACGUCCUAGUCGAUAUCCUAAUCCGAAAUCUUCUUGACCUGCCCGAAGAAGCUUCCGCUCUGCGCCACACCUAUUUACGAGUUUUGUACCCGCUGCUCGCACACACGCAGUUAAAGACGCCGCCGCAUUACAAGCGCGAUGAAUUGAGAAGAAUGCUCAACAUCCUUGUCCGCGGCCAGCUGUUCAGCGGUGAACUUGACCGCGAGAAGAUUAUGCAUUUCGAAGAGGUGGACGAGACGACUAGACGACUAGUCAGCCGCUGCAUCGCAGUUGAAUGGCUUCAAGAUUGGGACACUGCUCGAAUCGACAAAGGGUCGCCGGACAAAGAUACGGAGCCUUCCUCGACCACGGAUGUCUUCCCUGUCGACGUUGAUCUUGGAGGUCCGCUGGAGCCCUCGCGUACCAUAUCGCCCACCAGUACCAGUACCAGCACGGUAGCCAGCUCACCGGAGACAGCAUCUCCUACCAGACUCGAUAGUGUGCACAGCGAUAAACCUAGCCACAUACAACGGCUAGGAAUGCAUCUCGAACCCGCAUCUUCCUCGUCGCUGAGCGUCCAAGAAGUUGCUUCCCAGCACGAAAAACCAGGCAUCAUCACCCCCAGUCGACAUGACAACGUCAGCAAUAUCGAUCCCCUACAUCCCAAACCCAAGAUCAAGCCUCUCCCACCGAAUCCCCGACGCUGGCGUGGGCGACGAAGAACUCUCACCUCGGAAGAUGAAAACAACCCUCUCAACAUCACCCAUACCCGCAGCAGCACCAGUAGCAGCUACGACAAAAUCCCUGAAGACGCCGUGCCGGAUUCUGCGAUCACUGCCAGCCCCAUCGCCGCCUCUCCCACCCUGUCUCCCGUCACAACCGCCACCCACCAGCCCGGCGACCGAAGAAACUCAACCACAACAUCGGGACUGGCUCCUCCUGUCCCCGCGCAUUCUCGUCGCUCCGCGUCGAACCCACCCCCUGCCGUGCCGCCUCCUCGCCGAUCUAGUACCCAUCCUGCUGUCCAAGCCCAUGCUUCCAGCCACUGCACACCCGUUACUAGCCCUUCACGGCUACAAGCGCAGACGUCGGCGCCGCCUCAGCUUCCGCAGCCUCUCAGCAGUAAGCACGGCCAGAAGCCCGAACCCCCGCGGACCCGCCGCUGGGGUCGUGGCAAAGCGCAUGCGCCCUCUGAUUCCUCGGAAAAACUACAUUCAGAUACAGAGCCGGGGUGUGUUCCGCAUCACCCCUCUGUACCCUCCAACGAGAACGAAAAACGCAACUCCGGACCAACGGUCAGUGUAGAGGAGGCGGUACAGAACGUCGCCCUUGAAUAG